GAAAAAUCUCACACUCUUGACCGAUAUUUUUAAUGCAACAUUUCUGGCCAAAACUCUGCUUUUGGAAGAUAUUUUAGGUUGGAGCAUGAAUCUCAAAGUAAUUUUUGUUCCUGCCCGUUGGGGAAGUCGAUUGGCUGCUGUACGAGGUCCGGGCCAACUGCGAACUGAAGAAAAAAACAAUUCUGGGAUAUUGAAACGGAAUUUUGGAAGGCCUGUCAAUCCGCAUGAUAAAGAUAUGAAGAGAUACGGCAGCAUUCAUGUAGAGGUUACAAUAAGUAAAGCAGGCGUCACCAAGCUUUACGAGUCGAUAAUCGACACCCUUGUCAUUAUGAAAUUGGACACGAGAAUUCACCGCAGAGUGCUUCAGAAGAAGAAGCCGAAUACUGGCCCUUCCCGUCAGCCCCGACAACGAAGUUCUCGAUGGGGUCUGCGAGCAACACUACUGGAAUGAACUCUAGAAGUGGUCGCAUUUCAGGAUUGGAACGCAGAUUAUAUAAUCUUGUGAAUAAAAAUAUAAAAAUACUUUAGCUUUG